UUCCACGUUACUACUUUCCAACAGAGAAGCAGACUCUCUCUAGCCAUGGCAAGAACCAAGCAGACCGCCCGUAAAUCCACCGGAGGAAAGGCUCCCAGGAAGCAGCUGGCCACCAAGGCUGCUCGUAAGAGCGCCCCGGCCACCGGCGGCGUGAAGAAGCCCCAUCGUUACAGGCCCGGUACCGUGGCUCUGAGGGAGAUCCGCCGCUACCAGAAGUCCACCGAGCUGCUGAUCCGCAAGCUGCCCUUCCAGCGCCUGGUGAGGGAGAUCGCUCAGGACUUCAAGACCGACCUGCGCUUCCAGAGCUCCGCCGUCAUGGCUCUGCAGGAGUCCAGCGAGGCCUACCUGGUCGGCCUGUUCGAGGACACCAACCUGUGCGCCAUCCACGCCAAGAGGGUCACCAUCAUGCCCAAGGACAUCCAGCUGGCCCGCCGCAUCCGCGGAGAGAGGGCUUAGACUGACCUGAGACCAGAACACCGAAACACAACGGCUCUUUUAAGAGCCACACACACACACUUACAGAGCAACCAGUCCUGAAACACAUGUGUGCAAAUACUUUAUAAACACAUUGUCCCCCUUUCAUUAUUAAAGCAUGGUCCACAGUAACACAUUAUGAUAAGAUAGUAUAUAAUGCUGAUCCAUAUUGCAACUAUCACUGGGUUGUAAUGCAGGCUCUCAUUUAUGGCUAGACUCCGACAUCUAGUGGUGUUUUUAGAUAAAGCUCAUUCCAACACAACGUAACUGAAUACAUAAUGUUGUUCUUUAAACAUGUUCAUAUAAUUACUAGUCCUGAGAUAUAUGUCUAUGGGCCAUUCUACCGAAAUGUACCAAAGUCAGGCUGGAAAUGUUUUGAAAUUGUGUGUUUUUUCCCCAAAACUUUGUCCAUAUAUAUUUUGUUCCAUAUCUAAAUUACACACAUCGUAAAAUAACUACAUUUUUAUAUCGUAUGUUCAGACUGUUGGAAUCUUCUUCCUCUACCAAAAAUGGUCACUACGGAAACAUUUUAGUUGAUAACUCAAUAUACUUGAUAUAUACUCAUGUAUUUGUAUUCUGCAUACUCUUAAAAUAAAGCAUUAUCUUCUGACUGUUUAUCACA